CAUGUCAUUGCAGAAAUACGGCAGUGUGCAGAAAUUCGGCAGUCUGCAGAAAUUCGGCAGUCUGCAUACAUUCGGAAGUGUGCAGACGGAUAUGAGCCGGACAGGGCUGCGGUAUAUUCCAAAAGGACACGAUCGGUUGCUGGUGAUGUCGAUUUCGGAAGUCCUCCUGGGCGCCCUGGUGUUCUCCUUUAACCUGUAUAAUAUUUUUUUCGGCGCCCUGCAGCACGCUCCCGGCUAUCCUCUGAUACACAGCGUCGUUUUCGUGACCUCACUACCGUCCUACGCGAGCGGUAAAGGGGUUCUUCCCGGAACCCCUGGAUCGCUAUCUGCCGGUUGUCUGCUGUAA